CAGAAGCGGUCAGUGUUCCAGCAGAACACUCAUCCGACAUUACACUGCCUUGCCACCCUCUCGGCCAGACAUGCCCGGCAUGAGUGCCCCUCCGCCAAAGGACAACUACGUCCCCCUCGCCCAAUCAAAGCCCUUCGUGUCCACGCUGCGCUACCCCUCUAGCAGAAAGACCAUCUACGACCGCAAUCUGAAUCGCACGAAAGCCACAGAGACCUCGCUCGCCUCCUUCGCCUACCUGUUCAACAGCCUGAUCACCUACCAUCAUGCCAAGUCAGGCUCGGUCAGCGAGAUCGAGACGCGCCUGAACCGCGCGGGAUACCCCAUUGGCAUCAAGAUGCUAGAUCUGGUGCUCUAUAGACAGCCGCCGCGAACUGCUGCACGGCCUACGCGCAUGCUCGACCUGCUACAAUUCAUUCAUGGAGCGCUAUGGAGGGCUCUGUUCAACCGCAGCGCAGAUGCUCUGGAGCAGAGCAACACGAAAAAGAAUGAGUACAUGAUUGUGGACAAUGAACCUGUGGUGAACACAUUCAUCAGUAUCCCAAAAGAGAUGAGUCAGUUGAACUGCGCGGCUUUCGUCGCGGGCAUUAUUGAAGGUGUAUGCGAUGCGGCUGGCUUUGGCACUGAGGGGGUCACAGCACAUUGGGCCGGUGAAGGAGACGAAAUGUGGCCCGGAAAGACCAUCUUUCUGCUACGAUUCAAGGAUAACGUACUUGAGCGAGAAGACGCGAUCAAGGCGGGAGGAGGUUGAGACUGGUGUCCUACGUCAAAAUCAGCAGCACAGAGGCAAAGCUUCACGCUACUGAUUCUGCCUCCGGGGUUUCGCAUGCAGCACAUGCCGCAGCUGGCAUUGCGAGAUCUGCUCGUGAAUGCGAGAAAACGAUUCCUGGCCCAGCACGAUGACUUCACAACCGAGAGACAAAAGACGUCG